UCAAAAGUAGUUUCAUAGAGGAAUCAAAUAUGAAAUUGUUUGGAUCUAUACAUUGCAUACAAUAUUAUUCUUUUACUCAGGUAGUGUAAGCAUGUGACACCCUCGUAAAAUAAUUUCUCGAGUAAAACAAACAUAAAAUAUUCAAAUAUGCUUUCAAAUCAUCGAACCUUUUUCUUUUUCUUUUCGAACCAAAUAAAAAAGUAAACAAACCAUUUCAUUUUCAUUUUCAUUUACAUUGGCAUUUUCUCACUCAAGCUCUUCACUCCCAAACCCUAACUAAUCCACCAUGAUGGCGGCACAAGCCGGCUUUUCACUCUCGCUUCAAACCCACCGCCCUCGCAUGGCGGCUUCCAACUCGGUGAAGCUGCCAUCGAUCUCCGGCCGUAAGCUUCGAGUCGCUGUGAUCGGUGGUGGUCCAGCUGGAUCUUCAGCCGCCGAAGCUCUUGCCUCCGGUGGCAUUGAGACAUUCCUCUUAGAACGAGCUCCUUCCGCCGCCAAGCCUUGCGGUGGUGCAAUCCCUCUAUGUAUGCUCGACGAGUUUCAGAUCCCAUCUCACCUUAUCGACCGCCGCGUCACCCGAAUGAAAAUCAUCUCACCUUCAAACCUCGUCGUUGACUUCGGUCAAACCCUGCUCCCCAACGAGUACAUAGCAAUGCUCCGUCGCGAGGUCCUCGAUUCGUUUCUCCGCUCACGCGCCGAGUCAGCCGGCGCGUCCCUUAUCUCCGGUCUCGUCACGAGUCUCGAGGUUCCGACCUCGAAGAACGCGCCGUACGUCAUAAACUACGUAGCCACCGGCGAGGCUCGCCGGGAGCGGCUCUCGGUGGACGUCGUCAUUGGAGCCGACGGUGCAAAUAGCCGAGUCGCGAAGUCGAUCGGUGCCGGUGAUUACGUCAGCGCCAUUGCGUUCCAGGAGAGGAUCAGAUUGCCGGACAAUAAAAUGGAGUAUUAUGAGAACUGUGCUGAGAUGUAUUUGGGAAACGACGUGUCGCCCGACUUUUACGCUUGGGUAUUCCCCAAAUGCGACCACGUGGCAGUAGGUACGGGUACCGUGCGGGCCAAGAAAGAUAUCAUGGCCUAUCAAAGGGCUAUUAGGGAAAGGGCCAGCCCCAAGAUUAGUGGUGGCAAGGUUAUAAAGGUGGAGGCCCACCCGAUCCCCGAGCACCCUCGACCGGUGAGAGUACGCGGUCGAGUGGCGCUCGUGGGCGAUGCGGCGGGGUACGUGACUAAAUGUUCCGGAGAAGGAAUUUAUUUUGCUGCGAAAUCGGGAAGAAUGUGUGGAGAAGGAAUUGUUAGGGCAUCAGAACGCGGUCAAAAGAUGAUUGAAGAAGAAGAUUUGAAAAGGAAUUAUUUGAAGGAAUGGGAUAGACAAUAUGUAACAACAUUUAGGUUUUUGGAUUUGUUGCAAAGAGUGUUUUAUGGUAAUAAUGCUGCAAGGGAGGCUUUGGUAGAGCUUUGUGGGGAUGAGUAUGUGCAAAGAAUGACGUUUGAGAGUUAUUUGUAUAAGAAAUUAGCCGACGGUAAUAGAUGGAAGGAUGCUAAAAUGUUAGUUAAUACAGUUGGAAGUUUGAUGAGGUGUAGUAUUAUGGGGAGGAAUACGGAGGUUUUAAGUUUAUAGAAUUAUAUUUUGUAUUGUAUUUUGUGGAUUUUAUUUUUGGUUAAAGAUGAAAUUUGCUUACUCAAAA